CCAGAGGUUGCUGAGCAAGGAGGGAUUGGGCUGCUAAAAGCUUGCUAAGCCUAAAGAGUCAGCCGGGAAGGAGGCUCCUGUUCCGCGCACCAGACCGCAGCCUGGUGCUCGGCUUUUCCACGCCAGCCUCCGGGCUGCAGAGGCGGGGAGCUGCCUCGUGAUCGCCGUUGUGCAACGACUCUGCGCUUGCAACAGAUGCAACAGAGGCAGCCGGGUGCAGGAGCGGCUGGACGGAGGGAUCGCUUGAGAAGACAAAAAUGAUGGCUUUUUGUCGCCUUGCUGCCCCAUUGCUGUUGGCUGGGCUCUGCUGGGGGUGGGACUUCCCCUUCAGGAAUCCCACAUUGUCUUGGGAGGAACGAGUGGAUGAUCUGGUUAACAGGCUGACCCCUGAGGAGAUGAUCCUGCAGAUGGCGAGAGGUGGAGCUCUGGGAAAUGGACCAGCCCCACCUAUUGUUCGUUUGGGCAUUGGACCCUACAACUGGAACACUGAAUGUCUUCGUGGGGAUGCAGAGGCUCUGGGCUGGGCGACAUCUUUUCCUCAAGCACUCGGCUUGGCUGCCUCUUUCAGUCCUCAACUCAUCUUCGAAGUGGCCAACGCUACGGCCACUGAGGUUCGCGCCAAGCACAACUAUUUUGACUCCAUAGGCUACUACAAGGACCAUACCGGCUUAAGCUGCUUCAGCCCAGUCUUGAACAUCAUGCGGCACCCACUGUGGGGCAGGAACCAGGAGACUUAUGGGGAGGACCCAUUCUUGACCACCCAACUGGGAAUUGCAUUUGUGAAGGGACUUCAGGGUGACCAUCCCCGUUACAUCAAAGCUAAUGCUGGCUGCAAGCAUUUUGAUGUCCAUGGAGGUCCUGAGAAUAUCCCUGUAUCCCGGUUUGUCUUUGACGCCAAGGUGGAGGAACGUGAUUGGCGCAUGACUUUCCUGCCUCAGUUUGAAGCCUGUGUAAGGGCUGGGACGUUUAGCUUCAUGUGUAGCUAUAACAGAAUUAAUGGAGUCCCAGCCUGUGCAAACAAGAAGCUGCUGACAGACAUCCUGCGUGACGAAUGGGGCUUCCAGGGUUACGUAGUGAGCGAUGAAGGUGCUGUGGAGCUGAUCAUGUCUGGGCACCACUACACCCACAGUUUCCUGGAGACUGCAAUUGUGGCUGUGAAUGCCGGAUGUAACCUAGAGCUUUCUUAUGGGAUGAAGAAGAAUGUUUACAUGUACAUAGCUGAAGCCCUUAGCAAGGGCAACAUUUCUGUGGAAACGAUCCGGCAUCGUGUCCGUCCCCUUUUCCUCACUCGUCUACGCCUGGGCGAAUUUGACCCACCUGCCAUGAACCCCUAUAAUGCGCUGGGGAUGGAGGUUGUACAGUCAGAAGCCCAUCGCAAUCUGGCCCUCAGAGCCGCCCUCCAGAGCUUUGUUUUGCUGAAAAACCGGAAUGAAAUGCUGCCUUUUAAGGAGGAAUAUUUGUUGCACAAGACCAUUGCGGUAGUUGGACCCUUUGCAGACAACGCUAAUCUCCUCUUUGGGGACUAUGCACCAGUCCCUGAACCCCAGUACAUUUAUACACCCAGGAGGGGCUUAGCAGCUAUCGCAGCAAAUGUCACCUCUGCCCUUGGAUGUGAGCAUCCGAGAUGCCUCGUGUAUUCUCCCAAAGAUGUGAAAGCUGCAAUCGAAGGAGCAGACAUUGUGGUUGUGUGCCUUGGGACAGGGACUGAUUUGGAGUCUGAAUACAAUGACCGCAAGAACUUGUCUUUGCCCAGACAUCAACUGGACCUUCUGCAGUCCUCUGUGGCCUGGGCCGCCGGCCGUCCUGUGAUUCUGCUCCUGUUCAACGCCGGCCCUCUGGAUAUCAGCUGGGCCAAGGAACAGGAUGGCGUGGGAGCAAUUGUGGCUUGUUUCUUUCCUGCUGAGACCACAGGGCUGGCUCUGGCCAAGAUGUUGGUGGGCGCUGAAGGGGCAACUCCGGCCGGCAGGCUGCCAGCUACAUGGCCAACGGGAAUGGACCAGGUACCCCCAAUGGAGAACUACACAAUGGUUGGCAGGACAUAUCGCUACUAUGGACAAGAGGCCCCAAUGUACCCCUUUGGCUAUGGACUCUCAUAUACCACCUUCCAGUACAGGGAUCUGGUAGUGAGUGCUGACCAAGUGCCCAUUUGUGGGAAUCUUAGCAUCUCUGCGGUGGUGGAGAAUGUUGGAUCCAGAGAUGGUGAAGAGGUGGUACAGCUCUAUCUCCGCUGGGGAAACCCAUCUGUGCCUAUGCCCCGCUGGCAGCUGGUUGGCUUCCACCGGUUGCCAAUACGCCAGGGACAAGCUGCCAAGGUGGCCUUCCUAUUAUCUUUCAGCCAGAGAGCCGUAUGGGCUGGACAGUGGUGGUUGGAGCCUGGCACUUUCACCAUCUUUGUUGGUGGCCAGCAACCCUUCCAAGAAGUACGCCUUCCUUCAAAUGUCCUCCAGACCGACUUUCAUGUCUUUGGGGACUCCCGUGGUGCAAGCCAAUGCUAGUCUUCUGAACAGGCCAGGAUUGCUCAGGGAAAUUGACCCAGUGGCUUGCCGAGCCAGAGUUUAUCAAAAAGGAAGCUUUGCACUGAGUAAAAGCUUGUAAGAGAGGGAGCCAAGUUUCUGAGAAGGUAUGACUAUUCAUCUGAGAAUGUAGCAGUUGUGUUUUUGUUGGCUCCAGUGACUGGAUUGCGUUGGACAAUGGGCAGAGGAAGGGUUGCCCUGAAAAAAUAAGAUUGCCAGGAGAAUAACAGAGCGCUUACAGAACAGUAAUAAACUCCAUUUUUAAGUGGUCUUGGUGGAUCUCUGAUUUUGGCUGCGAUUCAGGAAGAACCAGAUUCUCAAGAUGUUUGAAAACUGGCCUUGGUUUGGUGACCCUGUUGAAAUCUGGAGGGAUGGAGUCAAAGGGAUGGAGAGGGCAUUUUUUCCUCCAGGGGGGAACUGCUUAAUUGGGAAGUGGGACA